CAGAAGCUGUGUGGAGUAAGGUCGCUUUAAGAGCGGUAUCUGAGCUGCUAUCAGUGAUCCUGACAGGACGCCUGCUGUCUCCCGCUCGACCCAAAACUCUAAGUGUCUCCCUGGAUGCGAAGCAGAGCGCCAAGUCCCGGAGGAGAGAAGACCUCGGCAGAAAAUGAAGACGGCUGCUAAGACGUCCGAAGAUUAAGGAUGAGGGAAAGCUGGAAAAAAAAGCUGACAUAAUUUACGAAGCAAUUAUUGCAGGUUUGACAAAACAAAUUAGUUGAAUUCGUUUCCAGUGUUUGAAGUGAGGAAGGAGAAGCAUCAUGGAGCUGCAGCACAGCACCAAUCACAACCAGGCCUUGUGGAAAGAGAUCCCGUGGGAUUUUGGCGAGGACUGCUCACUCUCAGUGAGCGGCACCACGUUCCUCAUUGUAGCUUACAGCACAGUGCUGGCAGUAGGUCUCAUCGGGAACUCGUGCCUGGUGUUUGUCAUCAGUCGAUACAAGGAGAUGCGCAACGUGACCAACAUCUUCAUCAUCAACCUGUCUUGCUCUGACAUCCUCAUGUGCAUUUUCUGCCUGCCGGUCACCAUUAUCUACACUCUGAUGGACCACUGGAUCCUGGGAGACACUCUCUGCAAGCUCACGCCCUUCAUCCAGUGCAUAUCAGUCACUGUCUCCAUCUUCUCUCUCGUCCUUAUCGCCAUGGAGCGCUACCAGCUCAUUGUCCACCCGACUGGAUGGAAGCCUGUGGUGAGUCAGUCCUACCUGGCCGUGGCUGUCACCUGGAUGGUGGCCUGCCUUAUCUCCGUGCCUUUCCUCUCAUACAGCGAGCUUGCCCGGCCUUUCCAGAACCUGAGUGUCCCCUUCCUCGUUGGCGAUCACCUCGUUUGUAUGGAGCAGUGGCCGUCACUCGAAGAACGAAGAGCUUACACCACCUCCCUGCUCAUUUUCCAGUACUUCCUCCCGCUCAUCCUCAUCAUGGUCUGCUACCUGCACGUCUACCUGCGCCUGAGGAGGAGGAAGGACAUGGUGGAGCGCGGGAGGAACACCACUCAAAAGAAAAACAAGGGCUCCACAAGGAUCAACGCUAUGUUAAUCUCCAUAGUGGUGGCCUUCACCAUCUCAUGGCUCCCUCUGAACAUCUUUAACACCGUGUACGACUGGAACCACGAGGCCAUCCCGUCCUGUAGCCACGACGUCAUCUUCUCGUUCUGCCACCUCACAGCCAUGGCCUCCACCUGCAUCAACCCCAUCAUCUACGGUUUCCUCAACAGCAAUUUCCAGAAACACCUCAAAUCCACUCUGUUGCACUGUCGCUGCUGGGUGGUGGCAGAGCGGUACGAGAGCGUCCCGCUCUCCACUGUCAGCACAGAGGUCACCAAGGGGUCUAUCUUGAGCAAUGGAUCCAUCAGCAUCAAUUCCUAAUUACAAGCCUUUUCAGUAAAUGACAAAGGAACUACUCUGGCCUCUCCAGCCCUCAUUAUGUCAUCCUUUGGAGCUUCGCUUGCUUCGUAGCCUGCAAAAGCGAGGUUGACAUUUACAAAGUUAUAAACCUCACAAUAGCAGUCCAGAGGGAGUGGACUGAAUACACUUUAACAGCAUGGCACAGUGCCCACAAAUCAGUCAGAGGAAGUAGCUAUCACAAUGAAGGUACAAAGGUUGGACAAGUUUAUGUAUUGUUGAGCGACUGCAGACAAUUUACAUGAGCUUUUUGGCAGCUGUAGUCUGUAUAGUUGUAAACAUGAACGGUGGAGCCACUGGAGGGUUAAAAAGACAAACGUUUUGGGGUUGUGUUUCUGUUUUAUGUUAAUAGUAUUAAUGGAAAUAUCAAGGGGUUGUGAACUGUGUUUUGUUAGAGAUCAUCGACACAGUAGCAGAACAGAAGGAGAAGACAUUAGCGUGCUAAAUGUGGCUCCAGGCGUUCAUUUAGCCCGAUUUACUCGCAUCACUUUAAUGCAUUUCUUAUUACCUGAAAUCCCAGCAAACUGUGUAAUAAUCUUUCUCUAACAACCUUGGCAAGAGCUAUGGUUAGAAUCUCUGCUGUCUGCCAAGGUCUGUGUUCUGCUGUACUACGUGUGUAGGAUGAUUUGUUCUAUACAGCAACCUUAUAUAUGAAGGGCCAUAAAACAGAUAAAAUGGCAGUGAGGGACCCUGUCUUCUGCUGUAUAUAACGUUAAUAAGUACAUGUAUGGCCUGUAAAAGAUGUGACAAUUUAUAGUUAAUCGAUGUGGUCGGCAAUAAAGAGCACCGUGUAGCAUAGCAAAUAUCUCCUAGGAAACCUGUUAUCGGUCACUUCUCUUUGUGGUGCUGAACUGAAUUAAAACAUUCCUUAUUAUUCUUAA